UCCACUUUCUCUAUAUUCUGUAUUUCUAUACACAAAAAAGUAAAACUCUCCUAGAAAAGCUGUUAACGUAUACAAGACGAGGAUCGUACCAAUUGUUUAUCUCUUCUUAAGGAAGAAAUGGGUACUGUCUCUUAUUUUUAGCUUAGGAUUUUACGUCAUAUAUCAAGUCUCUCUUUCCCCUUUCCUUCACUAAAACUCUGUCCACUCGGUGUAUCUUCCAUCUUCUUUCUCUAUUUCAACAUGAUUGCCAAAUUAUCGCCGGAGCUUUUGAGAAUAUUGUUACUGGCACAAGCCUAAGUUGCCUAACUAGAUAAUGAUUGGUAAUGGGAUGGCUUUCUUCUCAGCAAAUUUCCUGCUACAAACCCCUCAUGAAGAUGACAAUCAACAUCCCACUUCUCUCAAUCCAAUCUUACCAUCAUGCACACCUCAAGAGUUUCAUGGAGUUGCAUCCUUCCUAGGAAAGAGAUCCCUGUCAUUUUCAGGUGUUGAAUUGGGAGAAGAAGGAAAUGGGGAGGAUGACUUGUCUGAUGAUGGUUCACAGGUAGGGGAGAAGAAAAGGAGGCUUAACAUGGAACAGGUGAAGACCCUUGAGAAGAACUUCGAGUUGGGGAACAAGCUUGAGCCAGAGAGGAAAAUCCAGCUGGCGAGGGCUCUUGGUCUGCAGCCAAGACAGAUUGCUAUAUGGUUCCAAAACAGGAGGGCCAGGUGGAAGACUAAGCAGUUGGAGAAAGACUAUGAUCUGCUCAAAAGACAGUUUGAAGCAAUCAAAGCAGAUAAUGAUGUUCUCCAAGCUCAGAACCAGAAACUUCAAGCAGAGAUAGUGGCUCUAAAAAACAGAGAACCAACAGAAUCUAUCAACCUCAAUAAAGAAACCGAGGGUUCCUGCAGCAACAGAAGUGAGAACAGCUCUGAGAUCAAGCUGGAUAUCUCAAGGACACCGGCCAUUGACAGUCCUUUACCCACUCAUCCAAUCAGCAGAACACUCUUUCCAUCCUCUGUAAGGCCUCCAGGUGUGGCUCAGCUCUUCCAAAACUCAUCAAGACCUGACCUCCAAUGCCAGAAGAUGGAUCAAAUCGUCAAAGAAGAAAGCCUAAGCAACAUGUUCUGCGGCAUGGACGAUCAAUCCGCGUUCUGGCCGUGGUUGGAGCAACAGCAUUUUAACUGAUUGGAGGAACCCAAAAACGCCUCAUUGGAGUAUAGCCAUUUCCAAGUGAAAUCAAGAGGGCAGAUUGAUUAAUUACAGCUUGUUCUUUGUGCUUUUCUAUUAAACCAUCUUUUGUUACCUAGAUUGGUGUAUAAAGUAAAAUAUAUAGCAGGUUGAAUUUUCAGGUGGUGUUGAUCAUCCUUUUUUAUGGAGAAAUAAAGAAAUGAUAUGUGUUCGAGUUAUA